AUGGCGGCCUCUGAGGUAGCUGACCAUGGGGCCAGUGCCCCCAGUCCUUUGGAAUCCUCUACUUUAUGUGCUUCCAAGUCAGAUGAAGCUCUCCCAGAUGGCCUAAGCCCCAAAGACUCUGCCCAGAAACUGAAGAACUCGUCUCCACCGAGUGUAAGUAGCCAAAUGGUAACCAAGGAGAGUAACAGAAAUGCUCAUUUGGAACACCCAGAGCAGAAUCCUGGUUCAUCAGCAAGUGAUGCUUCAGCAGCGCACCAGGAGGUUUUAGGAGAAAACUUGGUAGCCACAGCCCUUUGUCUUUCUGGCAGUGGGUCUCAGUCUGAUUUGAAGGACUUGACCGGCCCAGCAGGAGAGGAGGGGGACACAAGCCUCCGGGAGAGCCUCCAUCCAGUCACUCGGUCUCUUAAGGCAGGGUGCCACUCAAAACAACUUGCCUCCAAGAAUUGCUCUGAAGAGAAAGCCCCACCAGCCUCCAUCCUAAAGGAAGGUAGCAGGGACGCAGGCUUGGAUUUCCGACCUGUAGUGCCUCCUGCAAAUGGGGUUGAAGGAGUCAGAGUGGAUCAGGAUGAUGAUCAGGAUAGCUCUUCCCUGAAGCUUUCUCAGAACAUUGCUGUACAGACUGACUUUAAGACAGCAGAUUCAGAGGUAAACACAGAUCAAGAUAUUGAAAAGAAUCUGGACAAAAUGAUGACAGAGAGAACCCUGUUGAAGGAGCGCUACCAAGAAGUCCUGGACAAGCAGAGGCAGGUGGAGAAUCAGCUCCAAGUGCAAUUAAAGCAGCUUCAGCAAAGGAGAGAAGAAGAAAUGAAGAAUCACCAGGAGAUACUAAAGGCUAUUCAGGAUGUGACCAUAAAACGGGAAGAAACCAAGAAGAAGAUAGAGAAAGAAAAGAAGGAGUUCUUGCAAAAGGAGCAGGACCUGAAAGCUGAAAUUGAGAAGCUCUGUGAGAAAGGCAGAAGAGAAGUGUGGGAAAUGGAACUGGAUAGACUUAAGACCCAGGAUGGUGAAAUCAAUCGGAACAUUAUGGAAGAGACAGAGCGGGCCUGGAAGGCGGAGAUCCUGUCACUAGAGAGCCGGAAGGAAUUGCUGGUGUUGAAACUGGAAGAAGCAGAAAAAGAAGCAGAGCUGCAUCUGACUUACCUCAAGUCAACUCCUCCAACACUGGAGACAGUUCGUUCCAAACAGGAGUGGGAGACAAGACUGAAUGGAGUACGGAUAAUGAAAAAGAAUGUUCGGGACCAGUUUAAUAGUCAUAUCCAGCUAGUGAGAAAUGGAGCCAAGUUGAGCAGUCUUCCUCAGAUCCCUACCCCCACUUUGCCUCCACCCCCCUCAGAGGCAGAUUUCAUGCUUCAAGUAUUUCAGCCCAGUCCCUCUCUGACCCCUCGGAUGCCCUUCUCUAUUGGGCAGGUCACAAUGCCUAUGGUUAUGCCCAGUGCAGAUCCUCGCUCUUUGUCUUUUCCAAUCUUGAACCCUGCCCUUUCCCAGUCCAACCAACCAUCUCCACCUCUUCCUGGCUCACAUGGGAGAAAUAGCCCUGGCUUGGGUUCCCUGAUCAGCCCUCAUGGUCCACACAUGCCUCCUGCUGCCUCCAUCCCGCCUCCCCCAGGCUUGGGCGGUAUUAAAGCUUCUACUGAAACUCCCCGGCCCCAACCAGUAGACAAACUGGAGAAGAUCCUGGAAAAGCUGCUGACUCGGUUCCCACAGUGCAAUAAGGCCCAGAUGACCAACAUUCUUCAGCAAAUCAAGACAGUACGUACCACCAUGGCGGGCUUGACCAUGGAGGAAUUAAUCCAGCUGGUAGCUGCACGCCUGGCAGAGCAUGAACGGGUGGCAUCGAGCACUCAGGCUCCACCCACCUGUAAACUGUGUCUGAUGUGUCAGAAACUUGUCCAGCCCAGUGAGUUGCACCCGAUGGCUUGCACCCAUGCGCUGCACAAGGAGUGUAUCAAAUUCUGGGCCCAGACCAACACAAAUGACACUUGUCCCUUUUGCCCAACUCUUAAAUGAUGGACCCGACUGGGGAGGAAGAAGAGGAGAAACCGAUGUGAACAGGAAACGCGGGUUCAAGAUUUCUAAAACUCUAUAUUUAUACAGUGACAUAUACUCAUGCCGUGUACAUUUUUAUUAUAUAGGUAAUGUGUGUAUAGAAGUCUGUAUUCAGAUGUUCGUAAUGACAGUAUGCAUAUAAUGCAGAUAUACCCUGUUCCCCCUCAUCUUGCAGUUCUUUUUGGAGUUGCAGACUAUAGGGAAUAUGAUGUUUAAUUUGGCCUGGAGAUCAUGAUCCCUGCAUAGGACUGUUGUCUAACCCGUCUAGGAAAUUGCUGUUGCUCUAAGGCCAUCCUGCUUUGGUUUGGCUCAGCCUCUAGUCCUUUUUUGUAAGGCUCAUGUAUGCAGAAUUGAAGCCUGGUGCUCACCUGCUAUCCAACUAGAUGCCUUGCUUUGCAGGGGCCUCCAGAAGUCUUGGUGUUGUUUUAACCACUCCAUUCCAAUGGGAAAAAAACGUUACUGAUUGAGGGGGAAAAAUGUAACUCUGAUAGUUUGAUUUUUCAUUGAACAUUUUACUGUGUUAAUGCUCAUUAUUUAUACAUUGAUAUCAGGUAUACAGGAUAUUCUGUGUUAUGUCAGUAAAAUCCACAGUCCAAGAACAA